AUGGAAGUGCAAUAUAUUUUUUCAUUACCAUUUUUCAGAGGUCGCUCGAUGACUGUUGAUCACUUCGCUUAUUUGGUCUGGCCUGACCACACGGCACCGGUUAGCCCUAUACCAAUGGUUGGUUGCAUGAAACUGUGUCGCCAGUUGGCUUCUAGCCAACCGAUUACUGUCCACUGUUCCGCAGGCAUUGGAAGGUCGGCUACUUUUGUAGCAAUUGAUUACGCCUGGCAGAGAAUCCGUGAAAAUGGCGAUGUACAAAUGGUUGAUAUCCUAAAAGAAAUGCGGCAACAACGAUUCCAUGCGAUCCAAUCUCCUAUUCAAUAUAUAUUUUUACACAUGUGUCUGCUUGAAAUGGCAUCUGAAGAAAAUUUGCUAUCCCGUAAAAAAUAUGGGCCAUAUUUGGAAGCCUACGUCACUAUGCUCAAGAAAUAUAACAAAAAGGUACAAGCAGCUGAAGCGAGGGCUGCAGCAAAAGAGGGUGCCUGA